CCCCCUCGACACACCGGUCCGACUGGAUGCUUAUGUUAGUCAACUUGCUGAUCCUUAUUUCAAUUAUCGUACCGAUACUGAUAAUGACAGAUGGAUCCGUGUUUGAGACAUGGCUGGCCGCUGCAAGAUCGUGUUACGUUGCAAGGGACAUGACUUUACUAUUACAAGCACGUUAUGUGCGCAAAAUAUCAUUGUGUCUUCUUGUGGCCAUCAUUAUCACGCCCUGGUGCGUCCGAAGUUUUGGUCGUGACGUAGAACGAUGAGAGUAAAUGAAACGCGGCAAUUGUAAAUGAGAAAGCAUACUCCCACCACGCUCAGGGUAAGGUAAGAGCGUGGCGACCUUGUUUUCUCCGAGGUCCCGGGGCAGGGUGCUGCCCCUAGGGAUGAGCUACGACAUGUUCAGGGUUAAAGUUUCUGUCAAACCCAUCUUGCCUUCUGUGACAGCAUAGGUAGAAGAGGAGCCAAUGGAGAGAGAUUGUGGUAAUAAUGCCAACGACGCCACCUGCUGAGUUAUUUACGGGAGUGAGGGGGGGGACAGGGAUUAUGUUGAUCCGUUUGGAAUUGAUGAGCUGGCUAGGGUAUGAGUCUGACCCGG